CCCAACUUAAUGGCGCACAGAUGGUCGGGGCCGGCGACUUGCUGGAUACUGCGUUCGUUAGGAUGCAUCACAGCCCUCACUCUUCAAUUGACUACCAGUCGACAGCCAUGAAGCCAAGCCUGGCACUCGCACUGGCCGCCACCGCCAUCACGACCACGUCGGCGGCCAUCUGCAAGGGCAUCGCGCCCUACUCGUACACGGCCGCAGUCCAGGCCAAUGCGCAGUUUGCGCCUGCGAUCGACGAGCUCAAAAAGUACGCGGUCGCGACGUGGUACACGGACAACGGCGGCGACUCGAUCGACGCGCUCUUGGCCGCUUGUCCCAACGACACGCCCGUCAUCAUCGUGUACGGUCUGCCCGGGAAGGACUGCGCGUCGGGCUGGUCGGGCGGCGGCAACAACAAGAACACUGACCAGUACAAGGCGUGGGCCCAAAAGCUGGCCGACAAGGUCGGCAACCGCAAGGUCAUUUACAUUCUCGAGCCGGACGCCAUCGGCCUCCUCUCCAACAACAACUGCGCCGUCCAGAACGGGUACGCUGGCAACCUCGUCGCCGGCAAGAACAUCCUGGCUGCGAACAGCAAUGCGCAGAUCUACGCAGACGUCGCCGGCUGGUCCACGCAGGCCAACGCAGUCCAGGCCCUCAAGAACCUCGGCAAGCUCUCCGGUAUCGCGAUCAACACGUCUAACUACAAGAGCACGAACGAGAUGGUCCAAGCCUGCCAGUCGUACUCGAGCCAGACCGGCGGUCUCCACUGCAUCAUUGACACGUCGCGCAACUUUAACGGGUCGCCGCAGAACGAGUGGUGCAACGCGCGGUCGGGUGGCAUUGGCGCACCACCGACAGACAAUACGGGCAACCCGCUCGUCGACUACUUCCUCUGGCUCAAGGUCCCCGGCGAGUCGGACGGGCAGUGCUACGGCCAGUCAAGCGAUGCGAUGGUCGGGCCGGGCGCCGGGCAGUUCUUUCCCGAUGGCUUCAAAUCUCUCUGGGACCAAGGCUACUUUGUGUCGAAGGGCGCGGCCAAGAUCGGCCAAGCCCCGGCCCCAGCGCCGGCCCCUGCACCGAUUAACAGCCAGUGCGCUACCAAGGCCAACUGGGACUACUCUGGGAACGACCUCUACAGCUUCGGCGUCCAAGGCAGCACGAACGACCAAGUGAACAAGUGCUGCGCGUCGUGCCAGAGCGACAACAACUGCAAGGCGUUCACGGUGGCCUACAACAACUGCUACCUCAAGCACUCGACGGGCAACGGCGGCACGAGCCACAGCAGCGGUAUCGCUGGCACCAAGAGCGGUGGCGGGUCGAGCGGUGGCUCCUGCGGUGCGACCGAGGCCAACACCGACUACUACGGCAAUGACAUCACCCGGUACGCAGUCAGCGGCGACGCCAACAACCAAGCCAGCUACUGCUGCGACAAGUGCUCGGCAACGAGCGGCUGCGCGGGCUACACGAUCAACGGCGGCUUCUGCUACAUGAAGAGCCAGAUGGCCAACAAGUUUUGGAGCGCGACGGCAGUCUCGGCGACCCGGUCCGGCGCUGGUGCAUCAUCGUGCGGAGCAACCGAAGCCAAUACCGACUACUACGGCAACGACAUGAGCCGGUUCCCGGUGAGCGGCGAUGCCAACAGCCAGGUAAGCGACUGCUGUGGCAAGUGCUCGGCGACCAGUGGCUGCGCGGGCUUCACGAUCAACGGUGGCUUCUGCUACAUCAAGAGCAAGCUCGAAAACAAAUUUUGGAGUGGGACGGCGGUCUCGGGCCGUCGGGCGUCUUCGCGCCUCCGCCGUGUUUAACACGUUUAGUGUCUGUGAAUAAUACUAUCUUCCGUUCUUUGUGAGUACACA